AUGGCGCCGCCCACCGCGCACGUGGACCUGCGCCAACCCGGGCUGAUCACGAAGGAGAUCACGUCCACGUCUUUCUCCUUCUACGACGCGGAGGAAGCGCGACGGAUCAGCGUCAAGCGCAUCUCGAACCCGGUCCUGUUCGACGCGCUGAGCAACCCGGUCGCGGACGGUCUCUACGACCCCGCGCUCGGGCCGAUCGACCAGCGCGGGUCGUGCGCGACGUGCCGCCUCGGCGCGAUGCACUGCCCCGGGCACUUCGGGCACAUCGAGCUCGCGGUGCCGGUGUACAACCCGCUGACGUUCUCCGUCGUCGUUCGGCUGCUUCGAUCGGCGUGCUUGCACUGCGGCAAAUUCAAGCUCGCCGCGGACCGCGUCGCGGCGUAUCGCGAGAAACUGCGGCUCAUACGCGAGGGCGACCUCGAGGGCGCGGCGAAUGUCGACGUCCACGGCGUGAGCAAGCAGACGCGCGCGGAACUGAACGAGAUCCGCGAGAUGGUGGGCGACCUGGGAACGAUGGACACGACGCACGUGAGUCGCGUGAUUCCCGUCGCGCAUCAAGGCCGACGCAAGGACCGCGUGCGGUGGACGUCGCACGCGAUGAUGCUCUCGCGCGACCUCGUGAAGGAGUUCCUCGCGGCGACGCCGGGGAAGUGCGAGAACUGCGGCGUGUGCUCGCCCAAGGUGAGCCCGGAGGGGGCGAACAAAAUUUACCGCGCCGCUUUGACGAAGAAACAGAUCGAACACAACGCCGCGCUGACGCCGUCCGUGGACCUCGAGGAGGAGCUGCGGCGCGGGUUGAGCGGUCCCGACCGGGGCGACGACGACGCCGAGCCGCGCGAGGACGGCGAGGACCUCGCGGGGCAAGAGAGGCAAGUCUUCAUCACCCCGAUCGAGGCGCGAUCGAUGCUCAAGAAACUCUGGGCUAACGAGUACGACUUCGUCUCCAUGGUCUGGGUCGCGAACGCGCCGUCGUACGACGCGAAGACCGACCCGGCGCGGUUCUUCAUGCAGACGGUGCUGGUCACGCCGUGCCGGUUUCGUCCGCCGUCGAAGAUGAACGACAUGAUGUUCGAGCACCCGCAGAACACGCACCUGAACGCGAUCAUCCAGGCGAACCUGACGCUCGCGGAGCUGUUCCGGAAGCCGCCGACGGUCCCGGAGCCGCCGGAGGUGAGGGCGCAGCGCGCGGUGCGGGCGUGGCUGACGCUCCAAGGCGGCGUCAAUCGGCUCGUGGACUCGAGCAAGGCGGAGGGAGGCGAAGCCGGCGGGAUGGGCAUACGUCAGCAGCUCGAGAAGAAACAAGGGUUGUUUCGCAUGAACAUGAUGGGUAAGCGCGUGAAUUACGCCGCGCGGUCGGUGAUCAUGCCGGAUCCGUACCUGAAGACGUCGGAGAUUGGCGUCCCGCCGGUGUUCGCCAAGAAGCUGACGUUUCCCGAGAACGUCACCGCGCACAACGUGGAACUGAUGCGUCAGCUCGUCGAGAACGGGCCGGACAUUCACCCGGGGGCGAACGCGAUCGAGGACGAGCGAGGGCGGGUCAUCCACCUCGAUCGGUUCACCGCGGAGAAGAGAGCCGCGAUCGCGAAGACGCUGCUCGCGACGCCGGCGACGACGACGGGGGAGGCGACGGCGGCGGCGGCGGGGAUGUCGCUCGGGGGCGCCGCCGCGAAGGCGAAGACCCCCGCGUCUAAGGUGUUUCGACACUUGCGCGACGGCGACGUUCUGCUCGUGAACCGUCAGCCGACGCUUCACAAGCCGGGGAUCAUGGCGCACACCGCGAAAGUCCUCCCAGGUCAGCGGACGAUACGCAUGCACUACGCCAACUGCAGCACGUACAACGCGGACUUCGACGGCGACGAGAUGAACCUCCACUUCCCGCAGGAUCAUCUCGCGAGAGCCGAGGCGUACGAAAUCGUUCGCGCCGAUCAGCAGUACACCGUCCCGACGGACGGGAAACCUCUUCGCGGCCUCAUCCAGGACCACAUCUGCGCCGGGGUUUUGAUGACGUGUCGAGACACGUUCCUCGACAAGAGCGACUUCACGCAGCUGAUGUACCUCGCGCUCGUGGACUUCGCCGGCGCGGAGACGGGCGGCGGCGCCGUCGUCGGAAAGAGCUUGAAACCGCCCGCGCCGGCGAUUCGCAAGCCGCGCGCGCUGUGGACCGGGAAGCAGCUGUUCACGGCGGUGAUCGAGCACAUCACGCACGGCCGCGCGCCGAUGACGGUGAGCCACGCCACGAAGGUGCCCGCGAACUACUGGGGCGGCGAAGACAGCGGCGAGGGGGUGCUCGUCGUGCGCAGAAAUUACGUGUGCUCCGGCAUCCUGGAUAAGAACACGUUCGGCGCGCACGGCCUCGUGCACGCGGUCGCGGAGCUACACGGGAAGGUGCUCGCGGGCGACUUUAUCUCCGUGCUGACGCGUCUCCUCACUGCGUUCUUACAGAGGCACGGGAUGACGUGCGGGAUGGACGAUUUGAUCCUCCAUGAGGAGUCGGAGAGAGGCCGCGAGGAGGAGCUGCACAAGGCGACGGCGGCGUGCCGCGGCGCCGCCGCCGCGUUCGCGGAAGCGGACGUCAACGUCCCGGAGAUGGCGCUCAGGAAGCAGAUCGCCGCGCGUCUCAGCGAGCGCGAGGGCGCGGAGGCUGCGCUGGACAUGCGAAGCAGCGGCGCGCUCGCCAAAGUCACGUCCGCGACGGUGAAGCGGUGUCUUCCCCACGGGACGAAGAAGCCGUUUCCUAAAAACUGCCUGUCGUUGAUGACGCAAUCCGGCGCGAAGGGAAGCAUGGUGAACUUCUCGCAGAUCGCCGCGUGCCUCGGCCAGCAGGAGCUGGAGGGAAGGCGCGUCCCCAGGAUGAUCAGCGGGAAGACGCUGCCGUGCUUCCCGCCGCACGACACCUCCGAGCGCGCUGGCGGAUACGUCAGCGAUCGAUUCUUCAGCGGGUUGCGGCCGCAGGAGUAUUACUUUCACUGCAUGGCCGGACGCGAAGGGCUCGUGGACACCGCGGUGAAGACGUCGCGUUCCGGGUACCUGCAGCGCUGCCUCGUGAAGAACUUGGAGACGCUCAGAGUGCACUACGACCACACCGUGAGGGACUGCGACGGGAGCAUCGUGCAGUUUCACUACGGCGACGACGCCGUGGACGUGACCAAAGGGGGGUACCUGGAGAAGUUUCAGUUCCUCGCGGACAACCCGGAGCUCCUGCGCGCGAACCUCGCGGCGGCGGAGAAGGACAUCGCCGCGCUGCGCGUGAUCGACGAGGCGGACGAGGACGAGGAGAAGGACGCGAGCGGGAAACACCCGGCGCUGCCGGUCAUGUCUUCGCGUCCGCUUUCAAACGCGCUCGGGACGCUUCCGGAGCGAUUCAAAGAUAACCUCGACGCGUUCAUUCAACGCGCGGACCCGGCCGCGGCGGCGGCGGCGGCGAAACCCCCCGGGUUGCCCGCGCUGUCCGGCAUGACGGCGGACGAGUUCAAACGCCUCAUGAACCUGCGUUACCUCAGCGCGCUCGCGUCCCCCGGCGAAGCCGUCGGCUGCGUCGCCGCGCAGUCCGUCGGCGAACCGUCCACGCAGAUGACCCUCAACACGUUCCACUUCGCGGGAAGAGGCGAAGCGAACGUCACGCUCGGCAUCCCGCGUCUGCGCGAGCUGUUGAUGGCGGCUUCGAAAAAACUCGCGACGCCGGUGAUGACGCUGCCGCUGCGCGACGGCGCGAGGAACCGCGAAGACGCGACCGCGCUCGCGCGCCGUCUGCGCAAAGUCCGCCUCGCGGAGCUCGUCCGGAAGUUAAAGGUCGCGGAGCGGCCGUGCGCGCGGAGCCACGGCGGCUCGGGCGAGCUCGCGAGAGUGUACACGGUCACGGUGGAGCUGCGAGGGCCCGUCGAGGCGGACGCCGACGAGGGCAACGAGCACCGCAUUCUCGAGGAGGAGGAGGGCGAGAACGGCGAGGACUCGGACGAGGAGGACGAAGAGGAGGGUGCCAAGGCGGAGGAUCGAAAAGACGCGCGCGGCGACGACGGCGAAGGGUUCUCGAAAGAAGAAGAGGUCGUCGAGGAAGAGAAGGCGUCCAAGGCGCACGACAUGAAGGAGGAGGAGGAGGAGGAGGAGGGCAGCGACGGCAGCGACGACGACGACGACUCCGGGUCGGACGACACGGACACGGACGGCGAGGACCUCGGCGACUCCGACUCGGAGACGGAGAAGCGACCGCCCGCGAAGAAGAAAAAACCAUCCUCCUCCUCCGCCGCGCCCGCCGCGAAGAAUCCGAAGAAGGCGACCCACGGCGGCGGCGACCUCCUCGAAACUCUGGAGGACAUCGUGGAUGGCGUCGUCGUCGACCCGCGCGCGCGCACGUGCACGCUGACGGUGUCGCUUCGCCUCGGCGCGCCGCCGGUGCUCAUCAUGGAGGCGUGCGAGGCGGCGGCGGCGAACACGACGGUGCGUCACGUCCCCGGCAUCGACAAGACGUUCGUGAUCGGCAAAGACGCGUCGGAGGACCCGAACGGCCUCAGCCCGCUCAUGGUGCAGACCGACGGCGUGAACUUCGCGGCGGCUUGGGCGAACGACGACCUCGUGGACUGCGCGAACGUCAAGACGAACGACGUGUACGCCAUGAUGCAAACGUACGGCGUGGAGGCGGCGCGGGAGACGCUCGUCGCGGAGGUGCGGGGCGUGUUCGGGGUGUACGGCAUCGCCGUCGACGCGCGGCACCUGAGCUUGAUUGGGGAUUUCAUGAUGGCGCAGGGGGACUACCGGCCGUGCUCCAGGGCGGGGAUGGAGACGAGCACGAGUCCGCUCUUGAAGAUGUCGUUCGAGACGGCUGCGGCGUUUUUGGUGGACGCGACGAUGCGAGGGCAGGAGGACACGCUCGAGUCGCCGAGCGCGCGGAUCGUGUUGGGGCGGACCGUGGACAUGGGGACGGGGACUUUCGGGCUGCGGUACGACAUGAAACGCGCCGCGGAGCUGCGGGAGGAGAUGAAGAAGAACGUCGGGGUGUUUUAACGACGAGACGAGGACGAGGACG